AUGGCCUUAGAAUCUCGUAACUUUCGUAUUCUAUUCGAUCAGUUUGAAAUUAAGCCAAAAGCAUCCGGAGAUAUAAUCAAAGAUAUCAGUUGUCAAUUAAUGCAAAUUGAGAAUCGUAGUUAUAUCAAUGUACAUUUAAUAUUGCUACGAAAUGUUGAUAAAGUAAAUGCUAGAGCAUAUUUGGACUUUUGGAAGAGUCAGACAACAAAUAAAAUUCGUCUCUAUAAUCUCAAUGUGGAUGCAUGUCUAUUUCUGGGCACUGGACAUAAAAAUCGUUUAUUUAGCAUGUUUACCAAAACUUUUGAACAACAUUUAAAUGCUAAAUUUAUAUGUCCCUUCAAGGCGAAUUUUAACUAUACAUUGACUAAGUGGUAUAUAGAUGAGGAGGAAUUUCCUACGUAUGUACCUGAAGGCAAAUUUAAAGGUUUAAUUGACAUAAUCGGUGAAAAUCAAACAAGUUUGCGUGUAAAAUAUCAUGGUAGGGUAAUACCCAAUAAAAUGUUGUCCUAG